UGAAACGCCAUCAAACGUGCCGAACUUUACCCGGCAGUGAUUCACACUCGAUCCCACCUUUGGAACUUCGCGAGGGCUAAUAUUUAACGGGGACGCACGCGCUCGCCGCAUAACUCCGGUGUAUUCCGCGCCUGCAGCUGCCGGAUCGAUGGAGUUGUGAUUUCAUCUGUUUUUUUCACUUUUAUAACGAGAAUCAACAGCAGCAGCAGCAACAAUGGUUUCCACCAUCGCCAAGGUGAUCCUCGGCUUCGCCGCGGUGGCCGUGGUGGUCGUGUUGAUCACGGUGCCCACAGUCAUCUUCCUGAACGAGGAGGAUGUGAAGGAGGAGAGCGAGAAGACUUUCACCCUUGCGGACGUCUUCAACAGCUCAAUGUCGCCAAGGUCCUACGGCUUGAGUUGGAUUUCAGAUCAUGAGUAUCUACGUCGUUCAAUGGGCGCGGUGGUACUCUUCAACGUGCUCACACAAGAGGAGUCAGAAUUCCUGAGCAAAGACGCGUUUGUUGAAAAAAAUGCAGAUGAUUUCAUUCUAUCUGCCGACCGAAAAUUCGCAGCAUUGAGGAGCAACUACACCAAGCUGUGGAGACACUCGUUCAUGGCUUUAUACUCAAUUUAUGACAUCGAAAACAAGAAAUUUAUCACGCCCUCCGACAUUCCUGAUCAGGUCCAGUACUUUGCCUGGGCCCCCGAGGGCCACAAACUGGCCUACGUUUGGGGGAACAAUGUGUACGUGAAGACCAGCCCCACGGCCAAAUCUGAGCAAGUCACUUUCGACGGCAAGGAGAAUUUGAUUUUCAACGGGCACCCGGACUGGGUGUAUGAGGAGGAGAUGUUCUCGUCCAAUCAGGGUCUCUGGUGGUCACCCGGAGGGAAGUACGUGGCCUACAUUCAGUCCAACGACACCCUGGUCCACACUAUCGAGUACUCCUGGUAUGGCGAUGAACAGUACCCCAGCACUGUCUCCCUCCCAUACCCGAAGCCGGGAACUCCGAACCCCGUGGUCAAGCUGUUCGUCGUCGACAGCGACAACACCACACAGAUAUCGGAGGUUCUCGUCCCAACGCAGUUCAGAUCAGAGGAUCAUUACUUGGCUUCUGUUACCUGGGCGACCGACAGCCGGCUGGCUGUUCAGUGGCUGAAGAGACUGCAGAACCACCUCAUCCUUCAGAUAUACAACCUCACUGAGUCCGACUGGGUACCUGCCCAGCAAAAGGAGGAGCACAGCAGCAGCGGCUGGAUUGGACGGUUCUCUCCUCCAGAACCCGUGUUUGCUGCGGACAAAAACAGCUACUACCUGCUGAAGAGCGACGGCAACGGCUACAAGCACAUCCACCAUGUGUCAGGGGGAACAGAAACGGCCAUCACCACUGGGACAUGGGAAGUGGUGAGCAUCCUGAAAGUCACUGAAGACAGUGUAUAUUACUCAAGUAACGAAAAAGAUGAACGACCAGGAGGAAGAAACGUGUACAGGUGGACCAACGGACAGACCCAGUGUCUGACCUGUGGGUUCGACGACGACUGCCAGUCCAACUCAGCCUACUUCAGCCACGGCGCCUCCUUCUACCUGCUGAGCUGCAGAGGUCCCGGUAUCCCUUCCUAUCAUCUCGUGGACAACAGGAACGGUUCAGGCGCAGUGCACACAGUUCUGGAAGAUAACAAGGCCUACAUGGACCUGAUAGCCGACAUCGCAAUGCCCACCACCACCAGAGGCACCAUCAAAGUGGCUGGAUUCGAUUUCUGGUACCUGAUGGUUUUGCCUCCAGGCUUUGAUGAAUCCAAGAAGUACCCUUUGCUGAUAGACGUAUAUGGAGGUCCCUGCAGUCAGGAAGUCGACUACGUCUACCGCACCGGAUGGGCCACCUACCUGGCCAGCACCGAGAAAGUCAUCGUGGCGAGCUUCGACGGGCGAGGCAGCGGUUACCGGGGCGACGAGAUAAUGCAUCAGAUCUACAAACGUCUGGGAACCUAUGAGGUGGAAGAUCAGAUAACGGCAGCCAGGGAAUUCAUCAAGAUGGGCUUCGUCGACAAAGACAACAUUGCUAUUUGGGGAUGGUCCUACGGCGGAUACGUUACGUCAAUGGUCCUGGGCUCCGGCAGUGGAGUCUUUAAAUGUGGAAUGGCGGUGGCUCCCGUCUCCAAAUGGACAUAUUAUGAUUCCAUCUACACCGAGCGCUACAUGCAGCAGCCGUCAGAGAACCAAGAGUACUACGAUAACUCGACGGUUACUGGCCGAGCCAAGAACUUCCACGCGGUGAAGUAUCUCCUGAUUCACGGGACGGCUGACGAUAAUGUGCAUUUCCAGCAGGCGGCUGAGAUCUCAGAAGCCCUGGUGGAGGAGCAGGUAGACUUCGAGGCCAUGUGGUACACAGAUCGGGAUCAUGGAAUCGGCGGCUCUGCUCGCCUACACGUCUACACCCACAUGAGUCACUUCCUGCAGAGGUGCUUUGCGUAAAGUCCCAUGGAUCAGAACAACUUUUUUUAUUUCCUCUUGUGAAUAAUAUUUAAAAAAAAAAAUUCUAAUGUAGCAAAUAUAUGUUUGCACAUGUCGACGUAUGGCGUUGAACACGCUGAGCCUAAUGCAGAAUCUUAUCAGGAAAAUGGCAGUAAUACUGUUUAAUCUCUAUUUCCUUUUUUUUUUAAUGUGUGAUUAUGUUUUUGUAACUCAAGAAUGAACAUAUAUGAAAAGCAGAAAUGUGCUAUUUCAUAUCACUGAAUGUACAAAAAAAAAAGUACUGUACAAAAGAUUAUUUUAUAUGCUCUUAGUAAUUUUCUAAAAUCAUGUUGUAUGGAGUGUUUUCUAUGAUAAUAAUGAAGAAAUAAAAGAAAAUGAUACUGGCA